UUUCUUGCCCAGGGGAACGGGCACAGCAUAGGGCCAGCAGCCAGCAGCCAGGCUCCCGGUCGAAAUUCCCCAGCCCCUCCGCACCGCGUCCGCGUCCCCCGUGCAGCUGCCCACCCCCUACCCCACCGGCACCACCGACCACCGUGUCCGCCGCCUUCCCUUCGCCUCCCCCAACCCCGCGGCUGACCAGCGCCAUGCGCAUCCGCCGGUACGCCGCGCGCCUCCUCUCCUCCACCUCCCCCGGCUCCGCCGCUACCGCCGCCCCCUCCUCGCCGCCGCGGCCGCCCGCCGCAUCCUGGCUCCACACCGACGACGACGACUGCUGCGCCUUCUGCGAGCUCAGCCGCCCAGCCUCGCAGGAGGGCCUGGAUGCCAUCAAGCACAAAGGGUACAUUGCCGACCGGGUGCUGGAAUCCGUUGUCAGGGCCGACGAGCGCGUCGGCCUACCCGAGCGACCGCCUGUUCCCGAAGUUAAAAAAUGCAAGAUUGAUCAUGUACCUCCUGUGAAUAAAGCUUGUGUGGGACUGCAAGUUGUGAAACUUGCCGCGAAACCGGAAGGUGCUGCUCCUGCUAGUGAAGAUGCUGCUGAUCCUGCAACUAAAGCUGGUGUUUUUGUUGUCAAUGAUGCUGCUAUUGAGCAGGGAGUUAAAUGUAUAGCUUCUCUCUCAGGUGGUGCCUCCAAGAUGGAGGUUACAGUGGAGAAUUCUCUUGCAAAUGGACCGACCACUGAAUUAGAAGUUUCCAAUUCUCUUGCAAAUGGACCGACCACUGAAUUAGGAGUUUCCAAGGGCACGUCCCUUGCUAAUGAAUCGGCUGAUCUGCCAGGGGUUACAUGCAUUAUGCCAGAAGUUACAGACAAACCUGUUACUGAUCUAGGGGUUAUAAGCACCGUGGUGGAAGUUAGUGAUACAGGUCCUGUCGUUCAUGAAACUACUGAACUGGAAUCUGCAGGGGAGGAUUAUAUUGCUAGUGAAGCCACUGCUGAACCAGAAGAUGCUGGUAGAGCUUCUUGCAAUGUAGAUGACACUGCUGCUUUAGAUGAGCCACAGCCGCCUAACUGUGAUCUGUACUUAGGCAAUGUGCAGGAUGGAAAUGCUAUAGAUACUGUUACCAGUACACUGCAGCCUUCUCGAUGUGAUGCUGCAGAAGGUGGUGGUUCUGUGAAUUUCACAACCAAUAUUCCUGUUAGAGCCAGAGGACCAACCUUUAAGGGAGGAGUGCUGAAGGAUAAAUCUGUUGCACCCAGUGUUUUACUUGUAUUGGACGUAUUGACUAGAAGCAUUGGUAAAUCAGGGAGAACAGAUGUUAUUUGUUAUGCUAGGCGAACAGGUAAGAGGAAGGCAGAGCUGCUGAAGGUAAAGAAGGAAAAUAUUGACUUAGAAGAUGGUGUUAUAUGUGAGAAAGAGGAGACACUGGUGAGCACUGAUCGUUGUGAAUGUGUCUUGUCAACAGCUGGGUCCAUAGAUGUUAAACUUGCCGACAUAAAGAAAGACCUUAUGGAUAAUUCCGCUGUAGGCAAGGUUAAAAAGAUGAAGAGAAAUAGAUUUGAAUGUAAUAUUGAUUACUGCCACAUGGUGUUCAAGACAGAAGCUGAGCUUGCUGUCCACAAGAAGAACAUGUGCACGGUCAGUUCAUGCAGCAGACAUUUCAGAUCCCACAGAUACCUGAGGCGCCACCAGAGUGCACACAACGAUGAUAUGCCUUACAAGUGCCCAUGGGAUGGUUGUAAUAUGGCUUUCAAGUGGUCAUGGGAUCGGGCUGAGCAUUUCAAGGUCCAUGCUGGGGCCAAGCCUUACAAAUGCACGACGCCUGGGUGCAGCAAAAUAUUUAAGUUUGUUUCAGAUUUCACCCGGCAUAGGAGGAGGUGCAAACCUCAGAGGUGUCUCUUCUAUGCAUUCCAAGAAGAAUCCACUAAAUAUUAUGUGACACUGUCAAUUUGGAAAUUACUAUGGUAGGCUCUUAAUACCUGAAUUACUAUCAAGCAAAUGAGUUCCUUGACUGGGAAAGAAGUACUAGCCCUCAAAUAUAAAUAUUGAAGUAUUAGGAAUGGAAUAAUUAGGAGGAUGCUGUAUGAUUUAAUUUUAAUGGCGAAUCUUACUUCCUUAAAUAGAUAUUAUUGUAAUAAUUCAAUGCACUGUUUAGAUUUGCACUAGAUUGUAAAAGUGAAUGCAAUGUUGAGCCUUUGCUACAUAAGCUAAUAAGCACCUUUUGUAGUUGUUCGUC